UAGUCAUCAAUCAUCGAUGACGAUGAUUAUGGCUGUUCAUAUGUUAUUGUCAUUAGUGUUGAAACAAGCGUGAAACAAGAAAAUGUUUUCAUCUUUGUCGUCGUCGUCGUCGUCGUCAUCGAUGAUGAUGAUGAUCAUUAGUUGACAAACAAACAUGCCGAUCACAAGAACUUCUAGACGACGACCGGAAAAAUCUUCCGAAUUUCGACAACAACAGGAACAUCAAAAACUUUAUCAUCGUAUGAUUGCAAAUGAACGUGAACGUAAUCGUACAGAAUCGGUAAACAAAGCAUUCAAUCGAUUACGUCGUUUAUUACCAACAAUUCCAUUGAAUCGAAAAUUAUCAAAAAUUGAAAUUCUUCGUUUAGCUACAUCUUAUAUUCAACAUUUGAAUAAUGUUUGCCUAGCCAUAACACAAGAAAUUCCGAUUGAAAACAUUUGUUCUCGCUUGGAACAUGAACAGAAUAGCAGUAGCAGCAGCAGCAGUAGUAGCCAAAACGAUCAGUUUGUACAUUCUGCAUAACAACAUUGUCAUCAAUGACCAAUGGUGGCAACUAUAAUAAUGAAAUUGAAUUAAAUUCAAGAAAUGAAAUUUUAUUCACACAACAAGAAUCAUAUUUUGCCGAAAUAUCACACGGAAACGAUACGAAUAAAUCAUUACAGCAAACAUUUGAAAUAAAUGAACAAAAUGAAUUUGAUGUUUGGCAGCAAAUAAA